CACCAAUCAAAGACGCGGCCGUUUCAGAAUCCAUCCAAUCCAAGUUCAAGUCGACUUGGUAUUUAUAGCCACGGGCGUAGUAGACAAGGCGGUCAGGUGGGUGGCUGGGUAUUCCAUGGCCGAACAGUCGUUGGCACCAGAUGCACAAACCAGCAGGAUGGGACCUUCCACCACCACUCCCACCAUAAUCCCGCCUCUGUUUCGAGACAACACGUUAGCUCGGGCGACCCAAUUGCGAGGCACCGAGCGGCGGUUGCUGCUCAAGCAAGCCAGUGGGAAAAGCAACGGGAUCUUCCCACGCUUGUCAGCCGACUCUAGCGGUCGCGAUCGGUCGUCCAGGGACACGAGUGGUCACGAACGGUCCCAGCGCAGCAGCCAGCAGCCGCAAACAGGCGUCAACGAUUCCACUUGGAGCGUCUACGGAGGAGGCGACGUCCGAAGCACUGACGGGACAUCCACCGCCUUGUUGACGGACCUUGCCCAACCUAAAAGCAAUACAAACCUCGCACCUGACGCGGCAGUUCCGUCCAUUUGGCGUCUGGGCGAUUAUGUGCUAGCAAAAUGCCACAACAGCGACGAGUACUUUGCAGGGCAUAUUUUACACAUUGACGACAUGAACGAUGACAAAAAAGUCGAAGCACCAGACGACAAGGCGGCGGUUGGAGCUGGCGGGCGGAGGGUGUCUAUCUCCAUCUUAUUUGACGACUUGACCCUGGACAAGCAUGUGCCCGUGGAGAAUAUCCAGGCGAAUUUAGGACAAGAUUCACAAAUGGAACUUCACUUUGUUCCGAUGGAAGACCAUCAAGACGACGAUAGCGAGGGUUCGGUAGCCCCAGAUGCAGCUCACGUAUCAACCACCCAAACUGAACUCGGCAUUGACGCCAACUUACUCGCCCACAUUAAGCUUGCGCUGCCGUCCAAAUCGUCCAAAUCUGCGCUGCAUGAUCAUGCUGAUACCACCGCAAAGCCUUCUGCUUCUUCCAUGCUCCAUCGCUCCGUGACUGUGUUAUACGAUGACCUAGUCCUGGAUCAAGAGUACACGGUCCUCACCGUGGGCGAAGUGGUCGUGUACUCGAAAUCCACAACCGAAGCUGUACGCGAAUCGCAAGAUCACCAGCUACGGCGCAUGCAUGCAGUGUAUUUAAAGAUGAAACAGUCGACUGUACAGGCCAGCGUGGACGCCUCCAGUGGCAAACAACUCAAGGGCUCAAUGACGAAAAUCCUGUCGUCACCUGGAAGUGUUGGGGUAGAGAAAAAUCGUCAGCACGCCACCGCCACUGCAGUCAAUUCCAUUCCCGUCCAGUCGAAUCACGUGCUCGUGCAUGGGAUUCCGUCGUGCUAUUUUGGAACGAUUUCCAGUCUCUCCAAAGCACACAGCUCCAGCAGCAGCAACGACACGGUGGUCGUUCAAGAUUUGGAGCAAAAAAUGCAUGCAAAUGUGGUCGCUGCGAAGUGUCAACCGUGUAAUCCGACGACGGACCUGUUGGAGCAGUUUGUCGAGCUCGCCAAGUGCCACGACUUGGUGUACCCUGGUGCCAAAGUCCUCAGUUGGGUACACGAUCAAUUGGUGCCGUGUACAAUCCGACGACGUCGGUGUGCCACGUUAUUUGACGUCAAAGUCGACGGCCUCCACGACGCCAUCACAAACGUCCCGCUCGAGCAUUUGAUCGCGGUGCCCAGGCCGCACGCCGCGACGAUCACCGCCACGAACGACGUCGAGAUUGAAGUGGCAGGCCAUACGUUUUGUGUCCACGAACGGGUCAUUGUCCACGACUUGGAAGUUGGAGCGUCCAACCACGGGUAUAUCGUUGGGUUCAAUUCGAACCGGACAGUAUUUGUCGAAUACGACAACGGCGAAGUCGAUUCAUCCGUGCCCGCAGUAUUUCUUCGCAAAGCCGAUUCAAGCAGUCGCGAGGCCGGGGCGUUCUUGAUGUCGUUGGAUAUCCAGGAAGCAUUUGGAAUGACGGAAGAGGGCUUCAAUAUGGACGACUGGGUUCAAGCCAAGCACCCCAUGAGCAAUUUACUCGAAAAAGGGCGCGUCUGUAACGUCCACAACAGCACUGGAUCGUGCGACAUUCAGUUUGCAGACGGAGUUAUCCUCAAACAGGCUUCGUUUCAAAACCUCCAACAUGCCAUACUUCCAAAAAUCAAGAAACCGCCGACGUUUGCCCCACUGGACCAUAUAUUAGCAUACAACCCUCGGUUUUCCAAGUAUUGUACUGGCCAAAUCCAAGCCGUGGGCCCGGGCGGCAGCUACCGCGUUGUGUUUGAUUAUGGCGAGACUUACGACGCUGUCCCGCACGAGUACAUCACCCCCAUCCACGACACCACCGUGCUAAGCCCAAAGAAACGGUUCACGCGCAAUUGGAAAAGUACAAGUGGGUACGAAGGCGGGACGAGCGCCGACCUUACCCUCUGUCACGGCGAUAUGACCCUGCAUCGCAUUCACUGCAAUACCAACGCCCAUACAUUACCUUCGGCCAAGUUUGCCGUGGGGGAAGCAGUGAUGGCGCCGUUGGGGGCCAAAUACUUCACUGCGAUCGUAUCGAGGCCGGUGGGAACCAAUCAAAACGGGGUGGAUGUUCUAUUUGCAUCUUCGGAAUUGGGGCUGGCUAUUCCACCGGACAAGGUGUUUACGAUCGACCAACGCCAUACCAAGCCAGUGUUGUUUCAAGGGCCGAGUUAUACCCGGAAAACUGCCAACCCGUCGCCGACAAGGCCCACCGAAUCGACGACGUUUCGGACCGCGCAUCCUGGACCGUCCAUUCUAACCCGCAUGCGCGCCAUGUUGUAUUCCAGGGGAAAUCCUACCAACUAGCAUGAACUGUAACUUAUAGCGACACCAAAAAACUCUCCUUCUCGUCAUCGAA